AUGGGGGAGAAAGCUACGGGGGAUUUAGAUUCCAGAAUAAAAUCUAUCAAUGACAAAAUUAAAAAGGAGGAACAAAUGCGGCUAGCUGCCGUACGUGUAAAAUCCUCUACUCAAAACUCUAUGGUUCAGGCUCAGGCUGAACAGAAUAUAGUAGAUGCAUCUAGACAUAUUGAUUAUUUAACAAAAGAGUUAGAAAAGUUACACGUGAAACAGAGACACGGCUCAAAGUAUCUUAAUCAACAACAACAACAGCCAGGUCAUUCGGGUCAACCGGGUCAAUAUGGUGGUGGUGGAUUUCAAUCACCAUCACAAACGUCGCAAUUUACCUACCCAACAUAUCCACCUACUGGUGGCUUUAAUAAUAACCAACCACAACCACGCUCCGUAUCCUUGAACCCACAGAUUACUCGUGAAGAUCCAGAAUCAAUACCUGCUGUGGGCCGCAAGACUGCAUUGUCCAAUUUGGACCUCAUCAAAUCGGAUACGCCCAUUACGAAUUUGAAGGUAUCUCUGAAACUUCAUGAACUCGAGUUUAAACUCGGUGUCGAACAGAAACUUAAAGAAGGCUCGGAAAAGAUGAUGGAAGCCGUAACUUUAUCAAAUCCAAAAGACAGGAAAAGCAUUCAAGAAGUGACGGUCAAAACGGUGGAAAGUCAAGAGAAACUUUCAAUAUUAAAGAGAUCUUUACAAAAAUAUAAACAAUUAUAUAUUGGUGAAGAUGAUGAUGAAGAAGACGGAAAGUUGGAUAUUCGUAUCCUACAGGCUCGAAAUGUCCCUCAUUCACCCUUGCGUACACAAGGCAAGCCUCCGGACACCACCGUAGUGAUCAAUAUUGAUGGUACAUCUAAAGCCAAAACACGUGCUGCACGCACUGAUAAAUGGAAUGAAGAUUUCGAAUUUCAUAUAGAAAAGGCAAGUGAAGUUGAAAUAACGUUAUAUGAUAAGACUUCGGAACAACACCAAGUACCUAUUGGUCUAUUAUGGAUCAAAAUCUCGGAUAUCGCAGAAGAGCUUCGAAAGAAAAGAAUUGAAGCUGAAAGUGGUCCCGGAUGGGUCACGGCUUCGAAUGCUCAAUUUGAAAUGCAGAAUUCUCCAACGACUAAUAUGAAUAAUGCGCAUGGAGAUGCUUAUAGCGUUCCAUAUUCUGAGGCUCAAUCUCAACAAGGAAUUGGGACGACUGUUUUGCAUGACGGCAUUGAAGCUUGGUUUGAAGUUGAACCAGCUGGUCAAAUACUUCUCAAAUUAAACUUUGUGAAGGAGAAUGCUCGUAAGAGACCCGCAGAACUUGGUAGACAAGGUGCCUUUCGUAAGAAAAAGGGCGAAAUACAUGAACAAAAUGGACAUAAAUUUAUUCAGCAGAUAUUUUAUCAGGUUAUGAAAUGUGCCUAUUGCGAAGAAUUAUUCGUUAAUGAAGGUUAUCAAUGUGAAGAUUGUAAAUUAACAUGUCAUAAGAGAUGUUACUUGAAAUUUGUUACAAAAUGUAUAUCCAAAUCUAAUGCUGAAUUGGAUUCUGAUUAUAAACAACUCAAUCACCGUAUUCCGCAUCGCUUUGAAGUUAUAACUAACAUUACAGCUAAUUGGUGCUGUCAUUGUGGUUAUCUGCUUCCAUUUGGAAAGAAGGGAGCCAAAAGAUGUUCUGAAUGUAACAUUACUUGCCACGCCAAAUGUACUCAUCUUGUUCCCGAUUUCUGUGGAAUGACUAUGAAGCGUGCUAGUGAAAUGAUCGAUCAAAUUCAAAAUGCUACAAGGAUUAAAUUAGUCCACGCCGAUAGUUUUCCACCCAUUACCAAUGAAAAAAGUCCUCAGAAAUCACCAAUUCAGCCAUUGCCUCCAUCACCGCAAACAUUUAAUAAUUAUAGUCAACCUCCUGUACAGCAGCAACCUCAGUAUAAUCAACCAGCUCAUAUGCCGGUGGCACCUUCACCGGUUAUUUUAAAAUCUCCUCCACAAGUAUCCAACGUUCCUCCACAACCCGUUCCUGUUCAGCUUCCAGUAACCCUGCCUUCACCAAUUCCUCCGAAUAAUCAGAGCGAAUCCAUAAUUCAAAAGAAUCGUAAAGUUGGUUUAGAUGAUUUCAAUUUCCUUGCUGUUUUGGGCAAAGGAAAUUUCGGAAAGGUUAUGCUUGCUGAGGAAAAAUAUACAAAACAACUUUAUGCUAUCAAGGUGCUUAAAAAAGAGUUCAUUAUUGAAAAUGACGAAGUAGAAAGCACGAGGUCUGAAAAGCGUGUGUUUCAAGCCGCCAACCAAGAACGUCACCCAUUCUUGCUUGGUUUACACUCGUGCUUUCAAACAGAAACUCGUAUUUACUUUGUUAUGGAAUAUGUCAGUGGUGGUGACUUGAUGUUGCAUAUCCAAAGAGAACAAUUUACUUAUCGACGAGCACAGUUUUACGCUGCUGAGGUCUUAUUAGCUUUGGAAUAUUUGCAUAAAGUUGGUAUUAUAUACAGAGAUCUCAAGCUUGAUAACAUACUGUUAACAUUGGAUGGACACAUUAAGAUUGCUGAUUAUGGUCUUUGUAAAGAGGAAAUGUGGUGGGGUCAUACUACCAACACAUUCUGUGGAACACCGGAAUUUAUGGCACCUGAGAUUCUUUUAGAACAACGAUAUGGUCGUGCAGUUGAUUGGUGGGCUUUUGGUGUUUUAAUUUAUGAAAUGCUCCUCGGACAAUCACCAUUUCGCGGUGAUGACGAAGACGAAAUAUUUGAUGCUAUUUUGGAGGAUGAAAUUCUCUAUCCCAUUAAUAUGUCAAGAGAUUCUGUAUCAAUAUUGCAGAAAUUGCUUACUCGCGAUCCUGAAAAGCGUCUUGGAUCAGGACGUGGAGAUGCUGAAGACAUAAAGCGACACCCCUUCUUUAAAGGAGUGAAUUGGGAUGAUAUGCUUGCGAAGAAAGUCCCACCGCCUUUCUAUCCUUCAAUUUCAUCACCAACAGAUACAUCGAAUUUCGAUGAUGAAUUUACACGUGAAGUGCCCGUCCUUACACCUGUUCACAGUCAUCUAAAUUCUGAAGCACAGGAAGAGUUUAAAGGAUUUUCAUAUGUUUCAGAGUGGGUGGUUAAUGGUUAA